AGGUUGUACUCCUUUUCUCCAUGUCGUGAAAAUGAACUACCAGAACACACAUCAGAUGGUGAUUGUUGGGAGAAGGAAUGGAAGUUUAUUCGUUUUGUUUGGUAUAAGAGAUGUUGGUUCACAUGUCUUGCAACUUUUUGAACUUUGUGUGUCGCCAUGUGCGGAUUCCUUCCGAGUCAUGUCAUCUGCGGCAGUUGUAAGCUAUGAUUGUUGGAUUUUUGUGUUAAUAUCUAAACGGAAAUGACAAAAAGGCAUAAGCAGAUGAAGAUGAACCCCAAGGAGUGGGCUUUCUAAUUCGGAAGCGGAGGUUCUUUGCAUAAUGCAUGAUCGAAGGCUGGCUUUUCUCUCAUGUCUUCUACCAUCUGGAUCUUGUGGGUGACAAGUGUCUACACACUGCACAUUCCACUGGAAACUGCAUAGGACAAAAUUAGAAGGGAGUUAGUCACUAAGAAAUUCAUAUGGUGGGCCAUUCUUAUCUACACAACAAUCAGAACCUGAAGUCCAAUACAGCCUUAUCCAGAUUUCAUUCAACUUCAAGUCAUCCCUCCAUCCUUUCCAACCACCAAAUUACAAAAACUCUGUCCUUGAUCUUCGUCCCCCCUGUAUUCAGAUUCAGUUUCAGUCCUCUGCAAAACAUGGCAUCCUUGUGUACAUUUCCACGUAUUUCUUCCACAGAACCCAUCAAGCAAACGCCCGCCGCCGCCCCUUUUCCGCCCUCCAAUCAGCCGAUGAGACCCUCGGCGUUGUCCCUCCGCCAAAGCAGCAGCAAGCACCGGAGAAUUUCUACAGUGGUCGCCGCCAUUGGAGACGUCUCCGCCGAUGGCACCACCUACUUGAUCGCCGGCGCUGUAGCUGUGGCUCUUGUAGGAACCGCCUUCCCUAUCCUCUUCUCUCGCAAAGACCUGUGUCCGGAAUGCGACGGCGCAGGGUUUGUCCGGCGAUCGGGAGCGGCGCUGAGGGCUAAUGCGGCUCGCAAAGACCAAACUCAGAUCGUUUGUGCUCGUUGCAAUGGCCUUGGCAAGCUCAACCAAGUGGACAAAUAAAUUCCAUACUUUAUUAAUGCUGUAAUAAUCUAUUUUUAAUAUAUUUUAGUAUGGAAAUGUAAUAUUUGUUUUUAACCUAACAUUUGAAUUCGAAUUAGUUUUUUUUUUUUUUUAAUUAUGCUUUGACCGAUAUAUUAUAUUUAACGUUAAAUGACAUUAUUAAUGAGGUCAUUAAAUAAUACUACAAUACUAUGUUUCAAUCC